AUGGUAGCACUUGAGGGCUCAUCAGCAGCAGCGGCGAUGGUCAGAGUCCGUGGAGGCUACACACGCUGGACGCCCGAGGAACGGCUCCUGAUUGCCAAGGCGUGCAUAAGGAUGGGGCCCAAUAAGGCUGCCAGGGAGCUCUCCAGGACCCUCAACAAGAAGCUGAGCAAGUCCACUGUUCAAAAUAUCCAUAAGCAGUACCUGGAAAGGGUGGCAAAGCGGCAGCUGGUCAAUGCGCCAUUGAGUCUCCCUCAGGGGAGGCAAGGACAAUGAGAGGAGGACACCCAGCGGUCUACUGGAUGGUUCGGUUCUUGUUUGUUGCUGUCAUCGGAGGCCAGUGCUGCAUUGUCUCUUCUGUUCUUUUGAAAAUAAAGAUGGAAGCAAGUGAACAUACAGCGCUGGCCAAGUGCCGGGGCGUUUACAACCGUUGGACGCCCGAGGAACGCCUUCAGAUUGGCAGGGCUUGUACAGAGAUGGGAGCCGCUAAGGCUGCACGGGAGCUCUCCAAGACCCUGAACAAGCACCUGAGUCGUUCAACAGUGCGCAACAUCCACCGUCAGUACCUUGAUAGGGUGAUAAAUAGCCACCAGUCUGACAUGCCUUCCGGCCUCCCACCUGCUAGACGGGGUCGUCGUCCAGUGCUCAGUAGAGAGCAGGGCAAAGAAUCGCAGAGUUAGUCCUUUUGUGAUCUGAAUUGAGUGAGAGGCAUAGCUGAACUUCAAUAUGACCUCAGGAAGAGGUUAAAAAGAAUUUUGGGAAAUGUUACUUUCGUAUGGAGGGUAGCACCAUACACAAAAUCUUGUUCUCUCAGCAAAUAUCAGAUGAUUCAUUAGUUGCUCUCAUUACUCUUACCUGCAAAAAAAAAAACAUUGCAUUUUUGAUGUUUUACAUUUUUAAAGUUCCUUGAGCUUUUUUCUUUUUUUCAUGUUUUCCUCUUUUAGGGCAAGAUCAGUGCAUUCAAAUUCAGUGAUGCUUAUCCCCUGAAACCCAUGCCUCCUGCAGCUUAUCCCUUCCCUGUGGUUGGGGCAUGUCUGUGGACGGUGUGAUACUUUGAGGGCAUGGCUGAACCAAAAGCACACCUAUAGGGAGUGGUGUGCAAAGAGGUCUUGUCAGUAUAGAAAAUUUGGCAUAUAGUUGAUACAGGAAAGGGAUGGACUGGGAUAGGUUUGUUUGGAAUGGACAGGGUGAUCAAACCUUGCAUCUUUUGGCAGACUUACCCUGCAGUGAAGGGUUGACGGGAUAAAUACAAGUUCAAAGCAUAAUUCAAGGUUUAAAACCACUUGAAAAAGGUCUGUUGAUAUCAAAUUGAAAGCCUUUUUUGGUUUAAAAGUGUUUUUAUAUAUUAUGUGUGAAGAGAAAUAAAAUUUGAUCACAAGAAGUAUAGUUAAGCAAAUGUGAGUGUUGUAAAAACUUUAUUUGAAGGGACCCCUCUCUCUCUCACUCUCUCUCUCUCUCUCUC